AUGGCACCACGAAAGAAGGAAGCGGAGGCUGAAGCGCCUGCAUCGACACCUGCAGAAGAUGUACCGAUGGAGGAGGUACCCGCAGAGUCUGAAGGCGAAAUCCUCAUGCGCGAAGAUCCGCACAACCCCGCCGCGAUGAUGUUCCAAGAACAGAGACUUCGUAUUCUCCCUGGGUCUACGGAUAAAGCUGCUUCUUUUGAGUUUAAGAAGGAAGACCACACAUUAGGCAAUGCAUUGAGAUAUAUUAUCAUGAAGAAGUAG